GGCCGAGCCCCGCUGCGGCCAGGUCCGACCCUCCCGCCCCGCCAUGGGCUCCCUGGGGCGCUGCCUGGCCCGGAGCCUGCUGCGGGGGCAGCCGGGCCCGAGCCGCCCUGCCGGGCCCCGCUGCUACGGCUCCGCGCCCCCAGAGCUGCAGGAGCAGACGCUGGUGCUGGUGAAGCCGGACGCGGUGCAGCGGCGGCUGGUGGGCAGCGUCAUCCAGCGCUUCGAGCGGCGAGGCUUCAAGCUGGUGGGCAUGAAGCUGCUCCAGGCCAACCAGGGCAUCCUGGAGCGGCACUACGAGCAGCUGCGGCAGAAGCCCUUCUACCCCGUGCUCGUCGCCUACAUGACGUCGGGGCCGCUGGUGGCCAUGGUGUGGGAGGGCUACAACGUGGUCAAGUCCACGCGGGCCAUGGUGGGGGACACCAACCCGGCGACGGCAGCGGCGGGCACGAUCCGGGGGGACUUCAGCAUGCACGUCAGCAGGAACGUGGUCCAUGCCAGCGACUCGGUGGAGACCGCCCGCAGGGAGAUCGGCUUCUGGUUCCAGCGGGACGAGCUGCUGGACUGGCACAGCGGCGACAGCGACUACACCUACGGGCCCUAGGGCACGGCGGGCACCCCCAGCCCGCAAUAAAUGCCAGCCCCUCCAGGCCUGGGCACCCUCUCCUGCA